UGCGAGGAGAGGAACACUACUGGCAUCGAGCGCUUCACGCUGCAGAUCCUGAACGUGUCUCAGGAUUUGAUGGAGUUCUUAAACCCAAACAGCAGUGACUGUACGUUAGUCUUGUUCUAUACACCGUGGUGCCGCUUUUCUGCCAGCCUGGCACCUCAUUUUAAUUCUUUACCUCGAGCAUUUCCAACUCUUCGCUUCCUGGCACUGGAUGCAUCUCAGCACAGCAGUUUAUCCACUAGAUUUGGAACCGUGGCUGUACCCAAUAUCCUCCUUUUCCAAGGUGCUAAACCUAUGGCUCGAUUUAAUCAUACAGACAGAACUCUGGAAACUCUGAAAGACUUCAUUUUUAAUCAAACAGGCAUAGAAGCCAAAAGCGACGUGGUUGUGACUGAGGAGGACUGGGAAGGGCCCCUGCCCAGCGUUCUGACCAAAGGCAUAGACUGGCUGCUUCUGUUUUCUUUGCUCUUCCUGGCCAGCUUUGUCAUGUACGCCACCGUUCGAACAGAGAGCAUUCGGUGGCUGAUCCCAGGACAGGAGCACGAACAUCAGGAAUAAUCCGAGAUGCUGAAACAGGGACAGGAUUUCCCAUUUAUUGGUAAAGCGGGAAUUUGCGUAGACUGGAAGUACGUAAGAAUGAACUGAUGAAUUUGUUGGUUGGAACUUAUCAUCUUGACUAAAAAUCCCCCUUAUUUAUCA